GCAGUGUUGACAGUUGACGGUGUGGGUGUGUGAGGCGCUGGGUAAGGGGCUUCUAAAUCUAGGAUGGUGCUCCCUGGCAGACCGGCGAAGGUGGAAUCCCUUUACAGCAUGCUCCCGCUGGCCAAUGAGCACGGACGCCUCCCAGACAUAUGGGCCAGGCCUCCCCAAAAUAACCUGCGACCGCGGCGCUGACGAAUGUUGCUACUUUUACUGCUGACAGGUUGCCCUAGCUAUACUCGCCUUCAUAUUUCCCUGUAAACGCCAAAGGUAACUCUGUGCGAGAAAAGCGGGAAAGCUGGGCAGCUGCCUAUGUCCCAAGAUUGUCCCAAGUGGAAGACCGGAAUCUCCCACUUUGAGCACAGGUGCACCCUGAAGAUACAACAGUCCUUUCCCAGAGGCCAGCUGGGCACACUCUGAAGUAUGCAAGAGAACACAGCUGAGCCGCCACCGUCGCUCUCUCAGCUCUUAAGGGAGAGCUACCUGGCAGAGGCCCGAGCCCAGCAGCGUCACAGCGAGAUGAGCCGCUCUGACGCUUCAUCGUCACGCAUUCAGAUUUUUGGCUCGCUCAAAGGAAAGGCUGAGGACUCGGCAGGUCUCCAUGAAAGCCAAAUGCCAGACCUGUCGGCGUUCCUCAGCCAAGAAGAGCUGGAUAAGAGCGUUAACCUGGCCCGCCAGGCCAUCGGACAUGAGCCCCGUGAGGAGAGGGCAGAGGUCAAGGCCGCUGUAACUCCAUCUACCUCAGCUUCCAUUUCUUCAUCUAUUCACCUAGCAAAGCCCUCUGCUGUUCCAUACACACCCUCCAUUGUGCCUUUCACACAUCCAGUUGCCCUGCCAGCCACACAACCAAACUUCACACCGGAGAGAGAACCACACACAGCCUCUGUGCGGCAGGACAACUCGAUGAGGAACAGGAGUGAAGGUCUAAACCACUUGAACAAGUCACCAAGGAACUCCGCGUUUGGGGUGGAGACCCAGUCCAAGAAGGAGUUCCUCAACAAGGCGGCCGACUUCAUCGAGGAGCUCUCCUCUCUCUUCAAGGCUAACACCUCCAAACGGAUACGACCGAGAGCGUGCAAAGCCCAUCGGAGUCGGAACAAGAACCACAACGAUGGAAAACUAUACCUAGACGGCUCAGACAACAGGGAGCGCUCGGCCACGUCUACGGAGGUGGCGGACGACGGACCGGGUUCCGUUGGUAGCCACCAGUCAGAGAUCCAGCUGGACUCUGGGAUUGGUCAUGUGGUGUUACAGGACGGUAGGAUUACUGAGGAGCAGCAGCUUGACUGCAAAGAGGUGGAGGCCCCGGAAAGCUACAUUUUGACACAACCUCCAUCAUCUGCAGAGGAGCCAGUAUGUGAGCCUCCUCAUUUUAUCCAAAAACUGAAAAGCAGAGAAGUUCCUGAGGGUAGCAAAGUCCAGUUAGACUGCAUUGUCAGAGGACACCCUAUACCUGAAGUCCGGUGGUUCUGCGAGGGCAAGGAGUUGGAGAACAGCCCUGACAUUCAGAUCCUCACCAAUGGCGAGCUGCACUCUCUGAUCAUCACAGAAGCUUUCGAGGAGGACACCGGCCGUUACUCCUGCUUCGCAUCCAACUUUUACGGAACUGACUCCACCUCAGCUGAGAUCUACAUCGAAGGUGCAUCCUCUUCAGACUCUGAGGGGGAACUGCACUUUGACCUGCAGGGAAAACAGUCAAAGUCCGCACCACUAUCAAGCCAAAUUGCCACAGAAGUUAAAGAGGCUUCAGCAAAUCAAACAACAGGGGAGCCAGCAGAGGAGCUCAGCACCCUUGUGAUCCAUAAAGUCCCAAGUCCAGUUCCAGCCCAGACGAUAACCACCUCACCUCCAAGUCCAGAGCCCUCUCAAGCUUUGGUAGUAUCUACACCUUAUCCAGAGGAGACUGAAACAAUCGUCAUACCUGUGCAAGUGUUUCCGACGUCACCACUGGCAGAGGGUCAGCUGGUGUCAGUGGCUGCUUCGCUCGCAGCCACACCACAGCUUUUCAACUGUGUGCCGCCACUCCACAACGCAGCUCCAACAUCCCAACCUGAGAAUCAAACAUCUAGCUUCAAUCUCCUGGAAGGUUUCAACGGGCAAGCCAUUAUGGCUGCCCCUGUUUUUACAAAGCGUCUGCAGGACCUGGUGGUGUCAGAAGGGCAACUGGUGGUGCUAGAGUGUCGUGUGAAAGGAGUGCCGUCCCCUCGAGUGGACUGGUACAAAGAGGCAAAAAUCAUUGAAGACUCGCCUGAUUUUAGGAUCCUGCAAAAAAAGCCCAGACCUCCAGCUGAAUCAGAGGAAAUAUGUACGUUGGUCAUUGCUGAGGUCUUUCCUGAAGAUUCUGGGAUGUUUACUUGCACUGCAAGUAACACCUACGGAAUAACAUCCAGUAGCGCAGCACUUAAAGUCAAAGGUAAAAAUGUUAACAACCAUGCAUUUAGGCCGUUUUGCACUUUAACUGUGGAGCCCAGUCGAGUCCAAGAACCUUCCGCAUCAGAUCUCGCCAUCCCUCCUGUAAACUCCCAAACAGAGAUUCCUCUGACCAAUAACGCCAUGCCCCACUCCAGCACCAUCCGGCUGGAUCCGUUGGUCAAUAGCACCUUACGUUUAGACCCCUUAAACACCAGCGCCCUUCGUCUGCACCCUAACAGCUCCAGCAUGCCCCGUCCAGACACCUUACGUACCAGCCUUCACGGUUUAGAACCCAGCGGCUUGGCUGGUAGCCCAAGUCUCAACCCUCGCAGUCUGAGCACCCCCAAUUUAGACCCUCUCAGCCUUCACCAGGAGCCUCCAGAGGACACAGGACAGCUGGCUCCACACCUAAAGCCCUUCACCGCUCCAGCUGUACCUGAGCAGGAAGUGUCUGGACAGGUGUUGACAUCACCUGCCAUAAGUUCCAAUCAUAAGGCAGCCUCGAACCAUCAGAAUGAGACAUCUGUUUUGUUGCCCCUCCCCAGUCCACCUCCUAACUCCUGUCUAAAGUCAGGUGUCCUAACAAACCACAAAGACUUACGCUCCAGCUCCAGAGUCGGUCUGCGUGUACAUUUCAAACUGCCCGAGGAGGAGGAGGGUGAGCAAAGUGACACAUUUGCUCCACCUGACGAAGACACUACUGAUGCAUUGAUCAACAAAGGACCACCGCCAGUGCUGGCAAAACCCAAACUGGACCCAACACAGCUCCAGCUCCUUCACAACCAAGUUCUUAUGGAGCAGCAGCAGGAGAGUGAACCCCCGGCCCAACCCCACAACCAGCCUUCAUUCCAGGUUAAGCCAGAGGCCGCAAACUCUCGUGAAGGUUCAGUCUGGUCCUUCAGAGAAAACCGUGAUUCCCAGUCAACCUACCUUAGCAACACCUCGCAGAUGACACCCAAAUCUGCACCUCCCCACACUGUGAUGCCUCCUGUACCUUUACUGGGUUCUGCUCCACCUCCUCAAAGAUUCUUUCCAUCCACCUCCCAGGUUAAGACCUCCUCCCUGGUUACGUUCCCUCCACCUAUGACCCAGAUGAACACCAUCCAUGCCUCCCACCUCAACCUGUCGGCAGCGGUUCUUGCCAGAACUGCCCCUGCACCGCAGUUUUCCUCUCAGCCAGUGUCAAAUCUCAGUUCAAGCUCAACAGAUUCAACGGCGGCCUCACAUCAUGUCACGUCUCCAGCUGCUUUCCUGAGAAGCACCCACGCCUCCCUCAUGAAUCUGACCGCGGCCUCGCAGGCUUUCAACUACACUCGGCCUAAAGAGUUCAUUACAGCUCAAACUAUGUCACCCGUCAGGAGUCCCUCCCCAACAGAAUCCCCAGUCCCGCUUCUCCACGAACUAGCAGCUGAGCUCAACUUCUCCGCCGCCAACUCGCCAACGCUCCCGCCAUUCUCACCACCGACCAGGACCUUCCCCACAAGAGUGCUCCAGUCCCCUACCAGCCCCACGUUGCUCAUAGCCUCCCCCACGCCGGGUUCAGCCCCAACUUUAAACAAUACGUUCACCAUCAGAGCCCAGUCACCUCCCCAGGCUUCCUCUCCCACCUCCAGCAGCUCCACGCCGAGCCCCAUCCAAAACCCAGUAGCUUUCCUGAGCGCCAUCCUGCCUUCCUUGACCCCAUCUCAGCCGACUAACUCCAUGGGCCUUCCCAGAGGAGCACCUUUGGGGUUGAAUAAGAAGGUACCAAAGACGCGCCUCCAAUCAACUGAAAACAUUCGCGAGAGCAAAGAUGCCCUUUUUCAUGACAUUGAGAAAAAAUUCCAAUUGAAAGAUGAUCUUCCCAUUUUUGCCUAUCAACAGAAACGGAGUAUUGAGGGGAAAACAGCGACCAGAGCCCUUGUCGGACCAAACAUUCCAGCUACUGUCAUUAACUAUGAUGAGGAGUACAAAAUUUCCAAUUUUGAGCAGAGGUUAAUGAGCGAGAUCGAGUUCCGCUUGGAGCGAACGCCAGUGGAGGAGUCAGACGAUGACGUGCAACACGACGACGUCCCCUCGGGCAAAUGCAUCGCGCCCAUCUUUGACAAAAAACUCAAGAACUUCAAGGCCAUGGAGGGCGUACCCGUGACUUUCUCCUGUAAAGUUGUCGGCAUCCCUGUUCCAAAGGUGUACUGGUUCAAAGAUGGGAAGCAGAUCUUGAGGAAGAACAUCCAUUACAAGAAGAUAAGGGAGGGUGAUGGGACAUGUGCUUUACACAUAGAAUCUACAACUGCUGAUGAUGAUGGAAACUACACCAUCAUGGCAGCAAAUCCACAGGGACGAAUAAGCUGUUCGGGUCAUUUGAUAGUCCAAGCAGGACCAGCCCGAAAUCGACUUGCCCCGAUUAACUCUCAGAGGGUCCGAACCCGUGUACGGGAAGUUGAGGGAGACCAAAUCCAGGAGCGAUUUUUCCGGCCUCACUUCGUCCAGGCUCCAGGAGACAUGCUGGCACAUGAGGGGAGGGUGUGCAGACUAGACUGUAAGGUGAGUGGUCUGCCCAAUCCCGAGCUCAUGUGGUUGGUCAAUGGUAGGCCCAUCUAUCCAGAUCUUUACCACAAGAUGCUGGUGCGGGAAAACGGCAUCCACUCUCUGGUCAUUGACCCCCUGACACAGAAAGACGCUGGCACAUACACCUGCAUUGCAAGCAACAAAGCAGGGCAGAGCUCCUUCAGUCUAGAACUCAAAGUUGUAGAGAAAGAAAUGAAACACCCUCCCCAGUUUGUGGAGAAGUUGCAGAACAUGGGAAUCCCUGAGGGGAGCCCCGUCAGGAUGGAGUGUCGGGUGGUGGGUAUGCCCCACCCAGUUAUAUUCUGGAAGAAAGACAACGACACCAUUCCCAAAACGAAGAGCCGAAUGAGAGACAUACUGUGUGAAAAGAUGUGGAUGUGCAUGCUCAGCAAUACUUGGAAGAAUAACCACCCUUCAUAAUGAGUGAAUGAUGUGUAUUUAUUUUUUAAUCAUAUCUUUUCCAAUGAGAAUGUCAUGAAUAUAGAUACUAUAUAUACUACUAACAUAUACUGUAUCUGUGGCAACUUGUUCAUUUUAUAGGAUUUGAUCAUGAUUGCCCAUAGGUCAAAGAAAAAUUGACAUACAGCUACUGUAUGUCAACUCGGCUGUUGGACAGAAGCAGGAUGUCACACAGUAAUGACAUUACUCAUCAGGAUAACGAGACAAGGUUAUCUCUAGAUAUUAAUUAUUCAGUUGAAUCAUUGCUCUGUAUUGAAUAUAAAAUGCAAGGAGAAAGAAAAACACCACUGGAUAUACAGCUGAAACCAGCUAUAUUUAAAAAAACACUUUUUCUCACUACAUUAAAUCAAACUAACUUUUCCUGAUUUAGAUCAAUUAGGAUAACCCAAAUUAUUUCUAUUUGCUAAAUGCCAGAAUAAUGAGAGUAGGAUUUUUGGGGGACAAUUUUUCAUUACUUUUUUCAAAGUCAAAAGUGGUCCAACAAUGUUGAGGUAACCUUAUAACAACUUAUUUCUUCUUUAAUAGAGCAAAAGACGAGCCAAAAUGUUUUUAAUAUUCCUUUCCUCUGAGAUGAAAUACUCAUAUUGUAUUCAUACUGUUACAAAAGGCAUGUGCUUUUCUGACAAUAAAUCUGAAUUUUAUAAUAUAUUGAAUACAUAGAUAAAUAGAUAUAAUAAUAAUAAUAAUAAUAACAACAACAACAACAAUAAUAAUAAUAAUAAUAAUAAUGACCCUGCCCUUGGUCAUCCACCAAAUGGUCUUUUUCAAGGUACUUUCCAAAAUUAGGUCAUGGGCUCAGCCCGCCCAAAGUACUUGACCUAGACUCACCCCUGGCUAGAAAUAUAAUAUAUACAGUAUAACAACUACACAAAAAAACAAAAAACGGAGACAAACUCAUUAUCAUGCAAUAAUGUAUUUUUUUUUUCAGUCUCUCACCUCCACCUGGCUGACUUGUUUUAAAAAAGUAGCAUGUCUCCAUCUAUUGAAAAGCAGACAUUUCCAAACAGUGUAUCGUAACGUGUUCUGACGUAAACGAGACUUAGCACAUGUAGUUAUGGCAAUGAAAGCGACCUGAUUCAUUUAAAAAAAAAAACUGAAAAUAAACACCCACAGUGAAAAAACUCAAAAUCUUAAAAAAAUAAUAAGAUUUAUCCCCUUGUUUUUAGACAAUUGUCACUUGUUUCAAGCUAUUUUUUUUUUUACUUGAAAUAAGUAGACAAAAAGUUUGCCAAGGGAGUAAGUUUUUUUUUUUUAUAUUCGCCACUGGGAAUUUGUAUUAUUUUUUUUAAUUUUCAACAUGAUGUGUCUAAUUUUAAUUAGUUUUGACUAGAAUUUUCACUAGAGAAGAUUUGGAGUUUUUGCAGGUCAUUUUCUGCCCCUUACUCUUAAAAAAAAAACAAAAAAACACCACGUAUGAACACUAUCUUAGCAUAAGAUACUCCACGGAGACACUUCUUACGUAAAAACUCUUUGCUAUCCAAUCAGCUAGCAACAGCUCCAAGUGCCUAAUUAGCUUUUUAGCUCAUAGCUACGCAGUACGUCCCAUUACAAGCCCCUGCCGAGUCAGUGCCAACACAUAACAUACAACAAUUCAAGAGGAGGCUCAACUGUCAUUUCAUAGACUGUGUCGGGGUUGUAAAUCAAGCUGGAAAUGUGUGUAGCUGUUCUGACCAUAGAUAUGAAGACUAUACGGCAGCGCACUGUAGCAGCCCGACUAACCGACGUGCCUACGUGGCGGCCAUGUUGGGAUGGUUUAUGUUCCCUUCAAAGGCAAUGCAUGGACAUUGAAAUCAAUUCAAAACUUGCUCAUUUCUCCACCGAUUUUCAUGAGGUUUACUUUUUUUUUUUUUUUUUUUUGUCAAUGCCAAAGUGUGUGCUAU